AUGGCUGAAAAUAUAGAUUUUAAUGAUAUCCUUGAAAAUAUAUUUUUAAGUGAAAACACCCAAUGCAAGGAAAGUUACAACGAAGGUUAUAGGACUGGUUGUGAUGCAGGAAACCCCGAGGGCUUUCAUUUAGGAUAUCACAGGGGAGCUGAAAUUGGCAGAGAAUUAGGAUACUAUUUUGGUAUAGUGAAUAACUAUCUAGAAGAUGAUGAUAAAUCUGAUGUAAAGCAUUCCGAGAAGACUAUCAAACAACUAAAGAGAGUAAAAGAACUUAUUGACACAUUUCCUCGCACAAACUCUGAGCAGCAUGACAUACUAGCUUCCCUGGAGAUUAUUAGAGCACAAUAUAAAAAGGCUUGUGCUAUGUUGAAAAUAUCUUCAAAUAAUCCAUAUGCUGUUAAUUUUUCUUUUUAA